CGAAAUUAUAAGACAAGAGCCAGAACGGGGGCAUUGGUCUGGAAGAUUCGACUUUCUAUUAGCAUGUUUAGGCACUGCUGUUGGAUUAGGAAAUGUAUGGAGAUUUCCAUUCUUAUGCUACAGUAACGGAGGAGGCGCCUUUCUAAUUCCUUAUGUUAUCAUGACGUUCGUAAUUGGAAUGCCUGUAUUUCUAGUGGAACUGACAUUAGGCCAGUUCAGUGCAAUAGGCCCUCUAAAAAUUUUCAAAUAUUUAUCCCCGGCAUUUAAAGGAUUGGGAUAUGCCAUAAUAAUUGCAUCGACUUUUGUUUGCAUAUAUUAUAAUGUAAUUAUCUCGUGGACUAUUUUCUAUUUUUUCGAUUCUGCUCGAAGCGUUGUUAACUGGCAAUUUUGUGAUCAUUCUUUCAAUACCGAAGCAUGUUUCAGAGAAGCUGAUUAUAGUGCUUGCAAAAUGCAAAAUUCUUCUCAUGUGUUUUUUAAUCGAACUUGUUAUAAUUCAACUUACGCCAUUUCCAAUAACAUAACUGAAAUUCCUGCGGCAAAUAGAAUUUCACCCGCUCAAGAAUAUUUCAAUUUUUACGUUUUGAAUAUAUCAUCUGGAAUCGAAGAUAUUGGAUCUAUAGAAUGGAAGAUCGCUUUAUGUCUUUUAGUAUCGUGGAUAGUUGUUGUGAUCUCAUUAAUUAAAGGAAUUAAAUCAUCAGGAAAAGUUGUUUAUUUCACAGCUACAUUUCCUUAUGUUAUCCUCUUUAUAUUAUUCAUUCGAGGAGUAACAUUAGAAGGAGCUACUGAAGGGCUCAAAUUUUAUUUGAUACCCGAUUUUUCAAAACUAUCUGAUAUAAAGGUUUGGGAAGCUGCAGCCAUUCAAGUAUUCUAUUCAUUCAGUAUUGGAGGAGGCGGAAUGUUAACUUAUGCCAGUUACAAUCGUUUCAAAAAUAAUUUAAUUAAAGAUGUCCUGAUAAUCGGAAUAGCCGAUAUGUUAACCAGUAUUUUUAGUGGAUUGGUCGUCUUUUCAAUGUUAGGUUAUACUGCUAAUCAACUUCAAAAAAACGUUUCAGAUGUUGUGAAAUCCGAUAAUGGGCUUGCAUUCAUUGCUUAUCCAGAAGGAAUUUCCAAAAUGCCAGGAUCGGUAUUUUGGGCUCUUUUGUUCUUCUUUAUGCUGUUUUUGCUGGGCAUCGAUAGUCAGGUUUGGGAAGCUGCAGCCAUUCAAGUAUUCUAUUCAUUCAGUAUUGGAGGAGGCGGAAUGUUAACUUAUGCCAGUUACAAUCGUUUCAAAAAUAAUUUAAUUAAAGAUGUCCUGAUAAUCGGAAUAGCCGAUAUGUUAACCAGUAUUUUUAGUGGAUUGGUCGUCUUUUCAAUGUUAGGUUAUACUGCUAAUCAACUUCAAAAAAACGUUUCAGAUGUUGUGAAAUCCGAUAAUGGGCUUGCAUUCAUUGCUUAUCCAGAAGGAAUUUCCAAAAUGCCAGGAUCGGUAUUUUGGGCUCUUUUGUUCUUCUUUAUGCUGUUUUUGCUGGGCAUCGAUAGUCAGUUUUCUAUGGUGGAAUCUCUCAUAACUGCAGUGUUUGAUCAGUUUCCAAAAACUCGAGAUAAGAAACCUCUUGUUGUCAUUUCUAUUGGAAUUAUUUUAUUUUUUCUAGGAUUGCCUUUAACAACAAGAGGUGGUAUUUAUAUUUUGGAAAUAAUGGAUGCAUAUGCCGCAGGGUGGCCAUAUUUAUUUAUUGGUUUAGUAGAAUGUAUCAUAGUAGGUUACAUAUAUGGUAUAAAUAAUUUUCUCUCUGAUAUUAAACAUAUGGUUGACUGGGUGCCAAAUUGGUGGAUUAAAAGUCAUCUGACAGUCACAUUAGUUACCAUUUCACCAACUUUAAUUGCUUUAAUACUGUUACUUAGUUGGAUUGAGUAUAAACCUUUGGAGCUAGGAAAUUAUGUUUUCCCCACCUGGGCAAAUGCAAUCGGAUGGAUGAUGGCAAUAAUUCCAAUCGCUUGCAUCCCUAUAGGCAUUUUUCACGAAAUAUUUAUUAAACAUCGAAAGCGGCCAUUUUCAGAACGUGCGAAGAAGUGGAUACGCCCUACAAGUGAAUGGUUCGACAAUUCUCACCGAAACGGUGUUCUAAAAGACAAUUCUUUAUACUCUUCGGAAGGCCAAUUGUCUGUUAUAGCAACCAAAUCUUGAAUUAUGUUAUUUAAUAUUUAAACUUUCAUUUGUCAACAAAAAAGCAGUAGUUUUAAUCAUAUCAUUUUAUAUUUAAAUUUCGCACAUUUAAAUGUACAGUAUAAUAAAUACAGUAUCAUUAAAUAUUUUUAACAUAACAAUAAA